AUCGUGUCAAAAUAGAAAACCGUCAUUUAUUGAACAAUAAUGCGGAACAGAAAAUAUAACAUGACCGAAGAUUUACGUGGAACACAAAUAAGAAGUAAACAUAACUAAAUUAACGUGCAGCCACGACCGCAGGGCUCCGGGACGUGUGCACGUGUCACAGAACGUUCCGUUUUGUGUAUCCUGCUUGUAAAGAUGAGAAGAUGUAGUUUCCAGCCUUUAGCAGCAGAUGCUUUAAACUGAAAUAAAAUAUUUAAUUGUUGAGUCUCUGUGACUUCUGACACCUGAAACCAACAUCUCCUUAAAAAGCCGCUAAUAAUAUAAAUGAAGGCUUCAUUCCUUCCACCUUUACCUCUCUGAGGCGUUAAAAGAAGAAUACUGCCCGAAAUCCAAUCAUCUUUACUUGAGCUACUUCUCCAAACAGCGCUGCUGAGCUCUUAACAUGAGAAUAAAGGCACUAAAACUUUUAGCGUACACCCAUUUAAUGUGUAGCUAAUAGAAAAGGCGUCAGGUUGAUACCACCAACACAAAUAAAAACCGAAUAAAUAUUUGCUUUCCUGACUGUGGCGGUGUUUAUUGCGGCUCUACGGGCCCUCUGCGCUCACUUUUAUUUCUUUUGUUCAAACCCCUCCAAGGCAAAUUCAGCUCAGUCAUCUUUGAACCCACUCAUUCUCGUCUUCCACCACUCCAGGAUGGAUGUAAUGUUGUUGGUUUGUACACCUUUAGCUCCGCUGAGUCAUCCUGUGGAAUUUGCGUUCCAGCCCGCUGUGUUUGCACUCUGUGCGUAAAAGAGGCGUUCGCUUUUGGGUGGCAGUGGAAAAAAAAAAAAAAAAAAAAAAAAAGACUGGACUUGAGAUGAGAGAGCGCAGGUGCUUUUUUCUCUUCUUGGUUCUUUAGCAGAUCGCAGUCAGCCAAUGUAGAAGAGUGCGCUUUACCGCUGACCCGUUUUGGCAUAAAAAAAAAAAUAUCUGGUGCGUUAAAGAAAAAGCUCUUCAGUCAAAGUUCGUGAUUCAAAGAUAAGAAGCCCGCCCAGGCUGGCAUCGAUGACUUGAAAUCCCUUUUCUGCUCAAUAUCUCGAUCCGUUGUCUGGUUUAAGUUCACCCACAUGACAGCUCUGUGUCUGCUCUGAACCGUGCGUAAAGGGGCGUAAAGACGCGUCCAAAUCUGAUCUAAAACUCCGACAGCUCCCGACCCCGCGGCCACUGCGCGCCUGGCUUCUUACGAUUUAAAAAAAAUGAUGUCACGCAAAGCCACAAGGGGACCUGGGAUUUACCAAGUACCUUCCAGUUGAGCAGGAGUCCUGCCAAGUAAAGAACGACCUCCUCCUCUUCCAGCGGCGACAAGUGCAGAGAAUCGAGGGAGGAGAAUUGAGCAAAUUACAUACUUUUCCUCUCUCCUUCCUGGACGUAACGAUCAGCAAGGUCUCGGCUCUCCGCACGCAGUUAUCGAGCGAGCCGCGUCCGCCCUGAUUGUCGUCAAUAACCAGGGACACGGGGCAGGUGAUUUGGAGGGGGCUUCCCCGGCAGAUGAUGCCCUUUCCUGUGGGCCAGUGAGAAGCAGCACCGACCCCCGGCUUCUCUCCAUCAACUAGUUGUUGUUGUUGUUGUCGCAGCGCGGUUGAUGCGAGGAUGAUGGACGGUCCUCUCCACCGCCCAGCGGGGAUCCUCGGCUCCCCCCCGGCUUCUGGGAGCCAGCCCGUGGGCUCAGACAUGCUCACCUCCAGCGGCAGCAGCAGCAAGCCUCUCGCUUUCUCCAUCGACCGGAUUAUGGCCAGGACGCCCGAGCCCAAGUCGAUACCGCUCCCCAGCUGGUUCCAGUCCGCUCCCGUGGGGAAACCCGAUGUGUGUCCUUCUUCACUGCAUUGCAUGAUCCCUUUGGUGCCGCUCGGGUACGAGUCGGGCCACCGGCUCAGCAUCACCGGCCUGGAUCCGGGUCACUUAGAUACGUCGUCUCUCCCGGCUCCCGCAGAAUUUUUGGGCUUUGGGUUGAACUAUAAGAACCAACAAGAGGACCCUAAUGUCAGCCAAGUCUCCGGCCAGUACAAACUCUUCCGACCCCGGGUGGUGAACCAGUCCUCCUUCCCUACCAUGGGUACCGUGUGCUACCUGAACUGUAGCGGGGACAGCGGCACAUGUCCCCCGCCGGCCGGCCUGGUCAACUUACACCCGAUGGCCUCCUACCUGCUCACCGCCCGGCACAAAGCCUUCAUGGCGGAGAAGAGCAAGCCAGGCCUACAGUCGGCGGGAGAAAGGUACCCGGUGUCCGGCGUGCAGGCCUUCAAGGAACUGUCUCAGAGCCAGAUCCAGCACUACAUGAAGGAACGGGACCAGAUCCUCACAGACAAGAUCUUCAAGGGCUCCGCGGCGGUGGCUGCGCGGCUCAGCGGCUCCUGUCCCGGCGCCAAACCCAAAGUUUUCACCUGUGAGGUCUGCGGCAAGGUCUUUAACGCGCACUACAACCUGACCCGCCACAUGCCCGUGCACACCGGCGCGCGGCCGUUCGUGUGCAAAGUUUGCGGGAAAGGAUUCCGACAGGCGAGCACCCUGUGCAGACACAAGAUCAUCCACACUCAGGAAAAACCUCACAAGUGUAACCAGUGCGGGAAAGCCUUCAAUCGGAGCUCCACGCUCAACACGCACACGCGCAUCCAUGCGGGAUACAAGCCGUUCGUCUGCGAGUUUUGCGGAAAGGGAUUUCAUCAGAAAGGAAACUACAAGAACCACAAGCUGACGCACAGCGGGGAGAAGCAGUUCAAGUGCUCCAUCUGCAGCAAGGCGUUCCACCAGGUCUACAACCUCACCUUCCACAUGCACACGCACAAUGAAAAGAAGCCCUUCACCUGCCCCACCUGCGGCAAGGGCUUCUGCAGAAACUUUGACCUGAAAAAACACAUCCGGAAGCUGCACGACCCGGCCGGAGCGCAGUCACCCCCACAGGCCUGAGAGACCCCAAUAAUGACACUGCCCCCUCCAUCCCAACACACCAAAAAAUACACUGGGACCCUGCAACCUGCCCCCAACUCAUGGAGAACGGCUGUUAUAAAUUAGUAACCCACACGUUAGCGAUACCAUUGCUCCUCAGAUUAACAAUGAAUUAAUAAUUGGUGGUGUAAAAUAACUAAAGCUUGAAUGCUGAUGAAGUAUUUAUAACUUAGACUAAAUAUCUUUAAAUAUCUUUAAAUCUGACUAAUCAUUUCCAGAAAAGUAUUGACUAAUAAGCUCAAUAUAGUUCUUUUGUUUUCUCAAGUUAACUAUUCGUGCCCUUAAAUUAUUUCAUUCAUUUCCUUCCAUAAUGUCUUUCAUUUAUUUAUCUCUUGUGUUCCCAUGAAGCUCUCCAAAGACUCGUUUCUGCACAUAAUCAGAAAGGAGGUUAUUUCCCGUGUUUUGUUUGGAAGGUUUAAGGACCCGAGCCAGGGAGAAGUUUACUUUAAAAAUAUAUAUAUAUUUUAUUUUUUAUAUACUUUUUACCAGAAAUAGCUUUGAAUUCAAACCUUUUUAAGUCAAACUGCACAAAAACGAUGUAUCAUUUUGUUAAAAACACUCAUUUGUGCGUUCAGCAUAAUGCAUCUGCCUCUUCAAUUUGUUAAGUUCCCUUGAAUUAAUAGGUGGCAAAAAACGACAAAAUCAUAAGGGUGGUUGUUAUCAAAGUUGCGGAACUGAAGCCAGGCUUGCCACUCUCUCUAAAGUUUUAUCCUUUAUGGUUUUUAUAACAAGCAUCUGAGGAGUUGACUUCAUAGUGACUUUUAUGAGGCAACAUUUACACACAGUUGUGUUUUAACAGUCAAAGCCUGAAACCAAAUCUCUAUAUAAAAAGCCCACAUUUUAAAGUGA